UUUAAAUAGCAUAUUAGAACAUAAAAAUGGAAUCAGAGAAAUCUCCCCCUGAAAAGAAAGUAAGCAUCUACGUGGACGACUUCAUGGACGAGGAAGAAGAGAAGAGAGCAUUCCAGCAGCCCCUUCCUGUUAAGAAAAGUCGUGGGGAUUUCGAGAAGAAAGUAAAUGAUAGAGUCAAGUUAAAAUAAAGAACUCUUCAUCUACCAAAGAACUGGCUCUGUAUACGAAUUCUAUGAAUUUACGGGUAAAGUUUUAGGUGAGGGAGGUUUCGGCCAAGUUCAUGAAGUCAAAGAGAAAGACACUGGCCGCCUCCUCGCUUGCAAACAAAUUCCCAGAUCCAAAAUCCGCAACCAAAUGCGAUUCAUCAACGAAGUGCUUGCUCUCAAGAACUGCGAUCAUCCCAACAUUGUCAAGCUAUAUGAAGUGUUCGAAGAAGAACACGAUGUGUUUCUGAUUCAGGAGAAACUCAAUGGCGGUGAACUCUUCGACUACAUCACAAACAGAGACUACUUGACGGAGGCCGAAGCAGCCAAAAUAUUUUCGCAGAUCAUCAAGUCUCUGAUUUACUGUCACAAGAUGAAGCUGAUCCACAGAGACUUGAAGCCAGAAAACUUUAUGUUCAAGUCUAGCAAGCCUAACUCUACAUUGAAGCUCAUCGAUUUCGGGUAUGCUAGGAUUUUCCAGAAACAAACCAAUGAAAACAAGUCAAAGAUAUUGAGAAUGAGGUCCAAAGUCGGUACUGAGAACUUCAUGGCUCCAGAAAUGAUCCUCCGCAACUACUCCAGCUCCUGUGAUAUCUGGGCUGCCGGAGUCAUCCUCUACAUCAUGCUCUGAGGAUUCUACCCGUUCGAAGGCGAAGACGAAGAAGAAACUUUCAAACUCAUCGAGAACAUUGAGUACGACUUUGAUGAUGAAGUGUUCGAUUCGAUCUCAGACGAAGCCAAAGACUUGAUCAACAAGAUCUUGACACCAGAGAAAGACAGGAUCACACUUGAACAGGUUCUCGAACACCCUUGGAUCAUCAAAAACCUUGAGGAGCCUGAUGAUGGAGCCAUCAACACAAACUUGAUUGACAGACUCAAGAAGUUCUCGAAGAGCACCAAACUCCGUAAAGCAGUUGCAACUCUGAUUGCAACACAGGUGACAGACCGGAGUGUGUUCGAAAGCACGAAUGCCUUCAACAAGAUCGACACCAACAAGGACGGCUACAUCACUCUAGACGAGCUUGAGAGAGGAAUGGCUUCUCACCCGACUCAAGUCAAGCACAUCAUGGACCAAGUCGACACUGACCAGAACAACAAAAUCAACUAUAAUGAGUUCAUUGCUGCUACACUAGAAGACAAGACUCUAAAGAACUGUUUCAGUAUCAACAAAGCUUUCGAUUUCUUCGACAAAAACAAAGACGGCCAGAUUGAUAAAGACGAGCUACAGGAAAUCCUCCAAGACUCAGACAUUGAUAGGGUGGAGACCAACAUCAUCAAAGGGAUUCUCCUUGAAUGUGAUGUUAACAAUGAUGGAGUGAUCGACAAGAAGGAGUUCUUCAGAUGAAUGAGUCUUAAGAGGCAAGAUCCUUAAUACUUUCUCAUAUAAAUUGUUUGCUU